AUGGACGGACCAACCGGUAACCGACGAAAUACUCCUCCGUCCGCCAUCUCUCCGCCGCCUUCUCCUUCUCCGGAAAAUCUCCGUCACGUGGAACGCAUGAUUAACUCCAACCAUUAUACUUCACCUUCUAGAACAAUCUACUCCGAUAGGUUUAUUCCUAGUAGAUCUGCCUCCAAAUUCGCUUUGUUUGAUAUCAAUACGACUACCGAGGGACGCGAUGAUAGUUCUAGUGCUUACACCACUCUUCUCCGGACUGCUUUGUUUGGACCUGAUGCGGCCGGGGUGGCUGGUCCUAUAACGCCGGAGAAGAGGGACUCGCCGUCGAUGACAUUACCGAGCAGGAAUAUUUUUAGGUAUAAAACGGAGACUCGGCAGUCCAUGCAUUCGCUUUCUCCGUUUAUGUCUGAUGAUGUUGUUCCCGGUGUUAAUCAGAUUCCAGUCAAGGCUCCCAGGAAGGUUCCUCGAUCGCCUUAUAAGGUUUUGGAUGCACCUGCUUUGCAAGACGAUUUUUAUCUGAAUCUGGUGGAUUGGUCUUCACACAAUGUGUUGGCGGUUGGUCUGGGUAACUGCGUUUAUCUCUGGAAUGCUUGUAGCAGUAAAGUAACUAAAUUAUGUGAUUUAGGGGUUGAUGAUUGUGUUUGUUCUGUUGGCUGGGCACAGCGUGGUACUCAUCUUGCUGUUGGAACUAACAAUGGUAAAGUUCAGAUUUGGGAUGCAGCACGAUGCAAGAAGAUAAGAUCUAUGGAAGGACAUCGAUUACGCGUCGGGGCCUUGGCAUGGAGUUCAUCUCUUUUGUCCUCUGGCGGACGGGAUAAGAAUAUUUAUCAACGAGAUAUACGCACACAAGAAGAUUUUGUUAGUAAACUGUCUGGACACAAAUCAGAGGUUUGUGGACUGAAGUGGUCUUAUGAUAAUCGUGAAUUGGCAUCUGGAGGAAACGACAACAAAUUGUUUGUUUGGAAUCAACACUCAACCCAACCUGUCCUGAAAUACUGUGAGCACACGGCAGCUGUUAAAGCUAUUGCAUGGUCUCCUCAUCUUCAUGGACUUCUUGCAUCUGGAGGAGGAACUGCAGACCGAUGUAUUCGUUUCUGGAAUACAACCACAAACUCACACUUAAGCUGUAUGGACACUGGAAGUCAGGUUUGCAAUCUUGUCUGGUCCAAAAAUGUCAAUGAACUAGUAAGCACACACGGCUACUCCCAGAACCAGAUAAUUGUUUGGAGAUACCCCACCAUGUCAAAGUUGGCCACUCUUACAGGCCAUACUUAUAGGGUUCUUUAUCUCGCCAUCUCACCAGAUGGACAGACUAUUGUGACUGGAGCUGGAGAUGAAACACUUAGGUUCUGGAAUGUAUUCCCUUCCCCUAAAUCACAGAAUACUGAAAGUGAAAUCGGAGCAUUAUCUCUUGGAAGAACUACUAUUAGGUGA